GAAUUGUGGACUACAACAUUCAAUCGUAAAUUAUUUACAUCACUUGAAUCACGAUGAGCAACGUCGCUUUUGCAACCCUUUUCUAUCCUACUGCUUCUAGAAAUAAGAGUCUAUUAAGAACAAGGCAAAACUUUUGUAAGAACCCAAGUCAUGGUAUUCAUAAACCGUAUCAAGAGUCUGCUUUCAAGUGUAUUCCGUUACGAGCAAAAGAGGAUGGCCAAAAGGGAGGUGGAAAAUUUAAUCCGUUCGCGGCUCUCGGAAACGUUGGAAACUUUAUGGAUGCUGUGAAGAAAGCGCAAGAGUUUUCGAAGGAAGCGGGUAAAAUGCAGGAAGAAUUGUCAAGGACAGAGUUGAAAGCGUCCUCUGAGGAUGGUUUGGCGCAUGCGUACAUAACAGGCAAUCAGAGACCCAUUAGAGUGGAAGUUACUGAAGAGCUGGUUUCCAAAGGAGCUGAAGCGGUUUCCAAGUCUGUGACGGAAGCAAUCAUUGCUGCACAUAACUUGAGUAUGGCUCACGUUAAAGAGAAGCUUGGUUCCAUUACAAACAGUUUGGGAUUGCCAGACACUGCGGGGAAAUCAUAAAAAAAUUUUCGAUUAUUGUUUGGACACUUGUUUGUUUCGUCUUAACAGACGUUAGAGAACUUUCUUGUCACAGAUAAAAUAUUGAAACCUGUCUCUUUUAUUUAGA